AUGGAGGAUUUUAUCGAAACCGGAGCGAUCAAUGGAAAGGAGAAAAUUACGGAAAUACUUAACCGGAGGCACAAAGAACGCGAGCUGCAUAUCCAAGCGGCGAAGUUGGAGCGGAAGAAAGGAGCCGAGAGCACCGAGGCGUUGGAGUACUUCGAGACUUCGUUCGAAGAAAAGGUGAAACAUAUUCGCAACACUCUCGACACCGUGGCCGGCAGCGAUUCGAAGGCACAGGUGUUUGCUGCCAGCCAAAAUGAGAUUUAUGAACUUCAAAAAUACCUUUCAUCGUCGACAUUUUUCCUCAACGAGUAUUGCAUCAAAGUGUGCCAGAAUACGAUCAACGAGCUGAGCAAACAGUUGGACACUCUGCGCAAUGAGUUGCUGCCGAAGAAAAAGUUUGGGUUCAAGAGCAAAAAGAUCGUCAAAAUGAUAAGCGAGAAAGACGGCAAGGAUAAGGACGAAAAGGACCUAUCUCAGGCGACCGCAACAAGCGGAGAUGAUCACAUCAAGUGGACUGUUUCGGAUAGAGUGAACCAAUUAAUCCGACUCCCGAGGGCAGUAGUCAACGAGCAGACCAUAACAGCUUCGAAACUACGGAAUUGCCUGAUUCUCCUUGAAGGGUAUCCCGGAUCACUGCAGUUUGCCCAGCUGGACAACUGUGUCGUGGUGUGUGGUCCAACGGCCAGAUCGAUAUUCUUGGAUGCUUGCACGGAUUGCAAAUUUGUCGUCGCCUGUCAGCAGCUUCGUUGUCAUCGUUCCCGAUCGUGCGAUAUGUACUUGAACGUAACGUCUCGUGCGAUUAUUGAAGACUGCAAAGGAAUACGGGUCGCGAGAUACAACUUUCAGUACAAGGAAAUCGAAGAAGAUUUUCGGUACUCAGGAUUGGACCUGUCGUGCAACAACUGGAGCACCCUGGACGACUUCAACUGGCUGUCGACGGACAAACCCUCACCAAACUGGGAACUGCUGCGCGAGGAAGACACAAUCGUCGACUGGAGUCCGUAUUUAGAACGCUUUCAACUACAGCACAGCCUCACAAGUGUCGAUCAUUAAAUAAACUGCUUCAAAGCGUUAUUG